AUGAUAGUAAUAGUUUAUGUUAUAGAUUAGCACAGUGCGGUUUGGUGCAAAUAAAUGUCUGGAAAAGUGUCUGAAGAAAACGGUCUAGGACCCCUGCAUUUUCCCAACUUUCACAAACGUGUUCAGAACAAAUAUGAGGAAAUGCAAAAAAGACUGGAGAAAGCUAAAUCUAUUGACUCAUUCUUAAUGGUAGAUGAUGACGAAAUAGUCAAAGUUGAUAAUGAAUUCCGAGAAACUGAAAACGACUUGAAAGAGGAAACAGUACACGUUGUUCAAAGACCAAUUUCUCGGGAAAGUCUUUUAGUGGAGGAAGCUGAAAUUCAAGAUGUGUUCUAUGAAGACUCAUCCUCGCUUAAUGCACGGCAGAGGUGUAUAUCCUUGCAGAAUAUUAACGAAGCUAGUUACAGUGUGGUGUACAAAUCUAAAUCAGAUACUGUGUUUUUUGCUGACAACUUCAGGAAUAAUAGUUUAGACUCACUAAAUGAGAUAGGCAAAGAGAAUGCUGAAGUCAUUUCCUUAUCUCCGGCGCCCGCCACUCCACCUAAAAUUUCGAUUCGGGAUCGCAUCGGAUCAAGAAUAAACGCUGCUAAAGAAAGACGUAUGGAAAAGGCAAAAAAUGCUGCCAUUCAGAAAAAGAAGAAAGAACCUCGACAAGAGAAGGAGAAAAUUGAAAAGCAGGUCAUCUUAAGCAGCACUACAAAACGUGAUGUGAUAAAGCUGAAAAGAAAUAAAAAAGCGACAGUGACUGUCGCGCUUAUAGAGGCUAAAGGAUUCAGAGAAACAAGUAUAGAUUUCAAAAGAAGUUUAUCAUGUCGCUUCAGACUAGGCUUAGAGAAAUAUAAAUCAAAAGUUGUUAAAAACCACACCCCCGUAGUUAAAUGGGGAGAGUUGCUCAAUCUCGGUAUGUAUGAUGAACAAGUACUCGAAAUUUCUCUCUGGGAAAAAGAAACAUACUUGGGAAGAUGCGAUUACGAUUUGUCAAAAGUAGAAAAAGAAAAAACACACAAAAUUAACAUAAAAUUAGAUGAACUACCGGACAUUACAAUAUUCGUUCUACUUACAAUUACGGGCACGACAAUCGACGAAAGUAUAUUUGAAAGUGUUGAAAACAUUGACACGAUGAAACAAGUUGAAAACAUAGCACAGACACACAAAUGGUAUCACUUUAAAGAGGACUACACUGAUGUGGGAUGUCUUUCGGUAGUAGUUUACGGCGCAAUGGGUCUAGUGAGCAACGAAUGCCACUGCAUUCUUCAGUUAGACAAUGAUCGAGUCCAAACUGCAACUGAAUAUAAGACCAAUGAACCACAAUGGAUGAAAAUGUUUACUUUUACAGUUAAAGACGUAACUUCCUUAUUAGAAGUCACUGUCCACGAUGAAAAGAAAGGAGAAAAUAUAGGAAGAAUAUCUAUUCCACUGCUUCGCAUUAGAAAUGGAGAGAAGAAGUGGUAUGCGCUAAAGGAUAAUAGUGAAAGACAUAGAGCUAAGGGUGACAAUCCAAGAAUUUUGAUAGAGAUGAGUCUGCAAUGGAAUCUUAUCAAAUCAUCACGCCGUAUAAUCAAUCCAAAAGAACUUCGUUUUCUUGAAGCAGAGGAGAAAUUAGACCGUCAUGUGUUUCAAAGGAACCUAGCUCGAGCGAAGAAAGUGGUCAGAUGGAAUAUCAGCACCUUUCAACUGAUCAAAGCUUGCUUCGAAUGGGAAGACAAGCGAAUGAAUUUUAUAGCCCUUGUCGUGUGGCUGUUAGGUUGCUGUUUCUUGAAAGUGUGGAUGCUGCCACUUUUCUUCUUGAUACCAUUCGUUUACUAUCGCCCACCAAACUUUUACUUCGUAAACUGGCAGUACGAACCGUACCAAGGACAUAGAUUAGACGAAGAAGACGAUGAAAACUCUAAGAAUGAUAAGGAACAGAAAACUUCUCUGAGACAGAAGAUUUACUCCUUCCAGGAAAUGCUGCAGUCAGUGCAGUCCUUUAUCGGAGAUAUCGCGUGUUUCGGCGAACAAGUCAAGAACCUGUUCAAUUUCACGGUGCCUUAUCUGAGCUACUUAGCAAUAUUUCUGCUAUUGGUGAUCGCCCUGGUGCUCUACCUUGUACCAAUUGAGUACAUUCUGAUGGCGUGGAGCAUCCGCAAGUAUACACGAAAAAUUCUGCAGCCACAUAGGGAACCAAACAAUGAAGUGUUGGAUCUAAUCUCCCGCGUCCCGCAUGACGAUGUUUUGCUGAAGUGCCAGGAGUUGGCUCUUGAAAAAUCAGAAGAAAUAAUAAUUUAAUUUCGAGUGCGUCAUUAAUUAGCUGUUAAGAGUUUCGUUUGAUCUGCUUUUAUUAUUUUACUAAUUAGUUCUUUUUUGUACUUUGUUAAUUAAACCAUUUCCUUAUUUAAAUCACUAAA